CAGCUCUAGCUUAAAGCUCACAAACACCAAAGACCAACCACAAACCUCCAAACCAACUCAAAACUCAAGUCACACACUAGCCAUCCCCCCCAACAACCACCUAAAACACUACAACCACCCCACAUGCCUCAAUAACCCACUAGUACCACCAAAACCACCAAACCACACCAACCCGAAGCAAACCAAAAUGAACACCCAAACCCAAACCGCCCUCCGCACCCUCGAAUCGACCCUCCACACCCUCCUGACCACCCUGACCAUCUCACCCACCGCCUCCGGCGCCCCGACCGCCGCUCUGAACCUCCUCGCCGCCGACGACGCCCUCACCGCGACGAUCGAGACGUUGCGCGUGCACCAAGCGAACUACGCGCGGAUUCUGGCCUUGCGGGCUGAGGCCCAGGCCCUGGAGGAGAAGGUUAAAGGGGUUGUGCGCGAGGUGGUAAGGUUUGAGGAAGUGAUUGGGGGGGUUAUCGGGGAUUCGGAUUCGGAUUCGGAUUCCGAGUUCGAAGAUGAUUUUGAGGAUGAUUCGGAGGGGGAGGGUGAUGUUGAUUUUGCGAUGAGGGAUGAAGACACAUAUGCGGCUACGGAGCAUAGACGCACGAAGAAACUGCGGGGUGUCAAGGAGGUGGAUUAUAAGUUACUGCUGGAUUUCGCGAGGCGCAUCAGCAAGUAUAAUCACCAGGCGGCGGCGGAUGCGGCUGCAGGGGUGGAGGAGAGGAUUGCCGCUGCGCGCCGGGCGUCGGCGAAUGCUGCUGCUGCUGCUGCUGCUGCUGGGACAGACACAAAAGAUGCGGAGAUGGGGGGUAUGACGGGGGCGGAGGGAGGGGCGAAUGGGGAUUCGGACCAGGUACCCGUGGCGGAGGUCACCAAGGGGGCGACCUCGUGGUUGGAUGAGAGUGCGCAGUUGACGAGGCAGGUGUACAUGUUGCCUUAUCCGAUGGAGGAUCGCAUUCGUAUGGGGUUGAUGGGCCAGAUUCAGUUGGCGGCGGCGGAGGGGAGACCGGGGUUUGAGGUGGAGGGAGAGGUGGAGAGGUUGAUUCGCGAGGCGGAGGGGCUGGGCGUGGCGGAUCCUGUGGCGGCGCCGGCGGUGGAGGUGGCAGAGCAGGCGAGACAUGCAGAUGAGGCUGCUCGGGCGGCGGCGUUGGCUGGGUCGACAGCUACAAGUGGUGGUGCUAGAGCUGCUGCACCGCCGCCGAAGCCCAAGGCUACGUUAGAUUUGGAUCUGUAUGAUCCGGAUGAGGACGAUGAAUGAGGUUGAGCUGUGAGAUAUAAAGGAAGAUUGAUAGUGACAGCUGGACUGUCAUGGUAUGGUUUACAUUCAACGAAUCUAAUGCUAGUGAAUCUAGUCUGUCUGGCUAUGCACAGACGACUUCUGCCAUUGAC